AUGGUCACCUCUAAAUCAGAAGAACGACCCAGAUCCGAGACACUUAACGAUCCAAGAGCCAAAUUGACUCACCACCAUUCGGAUGAGCAUCCCGAAAUCGACGUGGGUGAGAUUAGGAUAGCACUCGGACAGCUUAAGAACAACAAAGCCCCGGGAGAGGACGGAGUAACAAUAGAGCUCAUUCAGGCUGGCGGAACUACCUUAUUAAAGGAAAUAGCCAAGUUUUUCAACUCCGUUCUCGACACGGGCGCUAUACCGGAGACAUGGAGCGAGAGUGUGGUGGUCCUGUUUUUCAAAAAGGGGGACAAGACCCUUCUGAAAAACUAUGGACCCAUCUCGCAUGUACAUGACUCAGGAGAGUCAUCAUAUGUGGAUUACGAAAAAGCCUUCGACAACAUAGAAAUCUGGGCUGUUCUGGACUUCUUGCUGACAUGUCAGAUUGACUGCCGUUACAUCGAGCUGUUGAGAAGUCCUUACGCUGUAGCUACGAUGACCGUCCAAGUCAAACGACAGAGCACAAGACCAGUUCAACUGCGUCGUAGAGUGAGACAGGGAGACGUCAUCUCUCCAAAACUGUUCACUAGCGCGGCGAAACAGGACUCAGAUAUGUCGACCAACGGAAAGUACAACGAAGACAGUAAAAAGAAAAAAAAGAGUAAGAAACACAAGAAACGGCCUGAGGACGAUGAUAAAGGCUACAAGAAAAAGAAGAAAACUAAGAAAGAAAAACAGAGAAGUCCGUCAGAAAGCGAGACUUCCCUAUCUGACAUUGAAGAACUUUUAAAGAAAUCUCGACAAUGCAAGCCCAAGCGCAAAGAGUCGUCGAUAGAUUCCCCACUUAUUGAUUCUGUGGAAUUACCGCGGCAAAAGACUAAUAACGGUGAUGUGAAAUCACGAAGCAGCAGCCGGAAUAAUGCAAGGAAUGUGGACGAAUUGGAAAUAAUAUCGUCUAAUUCCGGAACGGAAAACUAUCAGGAAGACUGCGCGAGUCCAGAACUCACGAUUGAAGAUGACCUCAACCUGGAAGAGUUAAUGAAACAGAAAGAAUUACUUCAGGCACGCCUUGUUGCUUACUAUUCCGAUAAAAGUGAUGAGGACGUCAAUGCCAAAAACUCAAAGGGGGAAGUGAUCUACCUGAACGAUGAUGAUAACAAAUCUACCUCGCGGAAGAAGUCACGAAGGGAUAGAGACGAUCACAAGCGCAGCAGCGCACAUAAGUCGAGUAAAGACAGAUCGUCCGAACGGGACAGACACAAGUCGAAAAGGAACGAAGAAGAUUUGAGAGUUAUAAUAAAUAGAGAAAAUAAGAAAGAAAUGGAGAGAAGACUAGAAGAAAGAGAGUACAGAGAACGGAAAGAAAGAGAACGGCGCGAGCGUGAAAGAGAACGGGAACGUGAGCGGGAGCGCGAAAAAGAGAGGGAGCGUAAGCGAGAGCGCGAACGAGAAAGGGAGAGAGAGAAGGAACGAGACCGAGAUAGAGAGCGUGAACGGGAACGGGAACGGGAUCGUAGGUCAUCAGAAUUGAAGCAUAGAGAUAGGGAAGCGGCAAGGCGGCGGUCGCGGGACCGCUCGCCGGAGACGCGCCGUAGCCGUAGCCGCAGACACUCGAGUCGCGACAGGCGCCCGCGCGAUACUCACAGGGAUCGGUCGCGAGAGAAGAAUUGUAAAGGAGAUAACAGAGAUAGGCAAAAGAACACGAUCAAUGAGGUGCUCCAGGUGGCUAGUUCGAGCGACUCCGAACUAGACAUCUCGAUAAAUACCGACGAGGAGGAAGAGGAAACAGAAGAGCAGAUAAUUGAGCGCAGACGGCAACAGCGGGAACAACUGUUAAAGCGACUUGGCGGCGAUAACCCUACAAACCCUUCAACAGCAGACCGGGCUAUACACGCACAUGAAAGUAGCACAUCACUGGACAAACAAGAAUCACAGACAGAAGAGGAUAAAACACCUGCAUUUGCACCGACAAGAACUGUAGGCGUUGGGCUGGGGACCGGCCCACCACCACCAUGGGAACCAGGACUAGGUUGUCUGUUAGACGAGAAGAGCCCGAAGAAAUUAAAAGACGUGAGCGAAGAAAAAGCCCAGAAAAUAAUAAAGAACAUAGAAAACGAACAAGCUCAAGGGCUGAGACAGGGAUUGCGAUUGGAAAAGAUGUGGGACAAGCCUGAUAAGAAAGCGGGGUGGGAUAUGUUUUCUGACCAAGAUCAAGAGUUAAAAGCGCAUAAGUUCGGGCGACCGAACAAAAAUCAACACAACGAAAACCCUUCGCUUACAGACAAUUGGGAUGACGCCGAGGGUUAUUACAGAGUACGAAUCGGCGAGAUGCUGGAUAAUCGAUACUCAGUUUACGGGUACACGGGCCAGGGCGUAUUCUCCAACGUGGUGCGAGCAAGGGACCAGGCGCGAGGCGGCAAAGACGUAGCCGUCAAAAUUAUAAGGAACAUUGAACUCAUGCAUAAAACAGGUCUUCGCGAGCUCAAAAUCCUGAAAAAAAUAAACGACCAAGAUCCUGACGACAAGUUCCACUGCGUAAGAUUGUUCCGUCACUUCUUCCACAAACGCCACCUCUGCAUGGUGUUCGAGCCUCUAGCAAUGAAUUUGCGGGAAAUCCUCAAGAAAUAUGGCAGGAACACAGGCAUACAUAUAAAAGCUGUGAGAAGCUACACGCAACAGAUGCUCUUGGCACUGAAGCUUUUAAGAAAAACUGGAAUUGUGCAUGCUGAUAUCAAACCAGACAAUAUACUAGUAAACGACAGCAAAUUGCUGCUAAAACUGUGCGACUUCGGCGCGGCGAGUCCCGUAACAGAAAAUGAGGCCACUCCGUACCUCGUGUCACGGUUCUAUCGAGCUCCAGAGAUCAUUCUCGGUUGCCCAUACGAGUAUGGAGUCGAUAUGUGGGCCACAGCGUGCAGCAUGUUUGAAUUGUCAACAGGGCGAAUAAUGUUCAGUGGGAAAUCAAACAACGAAAUGUUAAAAUAUUUUAUGGAGUUAAAGGGAAAGAUUUCAAACAAAAUGAUCAAGAAAGGCGCAUUCAGAGCUCACCAUUUUAAUAACAAUUGCAACUUUUUAUAUCACGAAACAGAUAUUAUUACACAAAGGGACAAAGUAUUAGUAAUGUCAAUAAUAAGACCGACCAGGGAUCUAAUGAGGGAAUUGGCGCCGCCAACUCAAGCUGUUCUACCGAACGAUGCCAAGAAAUUACAACAAUUUAAGGACUUGCUGGAGCGAAUGUUGAUGCUGGACCCCGCCAAGAGAGCUUCUGUAAACCACUGCCUGGCACACCCUUUCAUCCAAGAUAAUUCUUAAGCCUCCACUAGCGAUUAUAAUGCGACGUGCCCCAGGCUGCAACUUAAUAGUCGAACCAAUCCUGUGGUAACGAUUGCGUUGUGCACAUUUCUAAUUUGGAUGGUCGGAAAACCUGAUAUUAUUUUUCCUCUAUAAUCUCUUGAACGUUCAGUGUAGUGUUUUUUUAUUUACUAGGAACAUUUAAACAACUGUAUGCACAAGUCAGGCAGUGUAGAGAGGCUUUUAAUAGUACCCAAGAGCCCUUAUAACGGGAUGAGUAUUUCACUUCUUGGCAUCGACAAUGGGUGAAAAGUAACCACGCAUUUGUCAGCACCGGCUGCGCCAUUGCAGUAGUCUUCUAUAUGGAUGAGAAGUACUGACUGAUUCGAUCAGUAUAGGUGCGUACAGCGCUGACACAUGCGCGUUCAGCUUUAGAGAAAAGGGUACCGCACUAUUUUGAAACCUGUCAAACUAGUGUGUUUAUAAAAUUCGUGCGUAACAUAAUGUAACACUUAUAUACAAUAAUAUCUAUGAUAGGGUGUUCAUAUUUUCUGGUCGGCAGGAAAAGAUAUCAUUGAACAUUUGAGUAAUUGAUAAUUUUAGUAAUUGUAUGUGGUAAAUAAAUAUCAAUCUCAUUAUUGUAGUGUAGGUCGUUGCCACAGGCCAACAUAUUAUCCAUCCAAUCGAGUUCAACAAAACCUGUAUAGUCUCUUAGUUAUUUUUUAUUGGACUUUAGUGUUCAAAAUACCAUCGGCCCGGAAAUGUGCAUAACACGCAUGCACAAGGUCACUGCAGCGUGGUACUGUCCUCAUUCAAUAUUGUCUUAGUUUAUAAUUUCUUUGGUUCAAAAAUCCUAAUUAGACGUGUAAAACUUAUCAAGCAGUCAAAUGUAAAUAAAUUAGGUUCUAAAACACGAUAGGCCAAUCUCUCUAUAUCAGUAGUAUGAGCAUUUCUCAAAAUAUUUGUCAACAAUUUUACUGAUAAUGUCCCAUAUUUUUGUAUUUAAUCAGUUCUUUUGCUACAAUUAUUGUCUCAUUCACUGACUCUCCCAUUUUUUGGAUCUAUGUCAGUACUGCUAUCGGAUUCUUCCAUAGUGGACUAAGUACAUGCAGUUGUUAAGGAUUUUGUUUACGACUAAAUGUAAAUGUAGUAGUGUAAUAUUUUUUUAAUUCAGAUGACAUAAUACAAAAAACAAAAUCUUACACCUUGUUCUCCUCGUUAAGUUUUCAGCAUAAAGCCUCUCGGAUUUCUUACAUCUCAUCUACCAUGCCUAUAUUGGCCCUAAAACACUAGUACCAUACCUCUAGAUUGUAGCUAACAAAAUGGCGGUGUAAUAUUACAUAAAAGCGAAAUCAAUGGUUUAACUUCUUAUUAUAUGAAAAAUAAGUUUUUAUGCUUUAAUAAUAUUAUAAACAAUUUAAAAAAAAGUUGCAAUGUGAGAGUAUUACGUAAAUUUGAUGAUGAAGAUUUCAUGAACUUUAAUUUGUAUCACCGCAUUUGCACACUUCGGAUAUUGCUUGUGCACUAAGUCCUAUCUGAACCCGAGAAAAUAUGAUUAUCGCUUGUACGCCUAUAGAUAAAAUGACACUUUGGACACCUGUGACAUUUCGGAUUGUCAUUUCUCGGAUUCGGAACUAGAGGUCUACUCUCUUUCUUGAAAAAGAAAUUUCGUUCACGAAUGAUAUUUAGACGAAGUUUCGUUAGUAACUUUACUCUUCUUUUUUGUUCAGGCCCAAGAAUUCUAAUGUCAUUUACAAUUUUGUGAACGACUGGAAUGAAUAAUAUUGUGUAGGUCUCUUUGAUGUCAACCUAUGAUAAAUUACGGUUUUUACUUUAACUUAAAAUUAAUACAGUUGUUUUGCUUUAUUUUUUAAAUUUUAUAUUUAAUAUGUGGUGCAUUAAGCAUUUAUUGUAAUAUCCAUGCAGAAAAUAUAAAAAAACAAUUAAAAAUAUAUUUUUGACGUAAUUAGCCGAGACGCUAUAAAAUACUCAAUGUUAUCUGAUUUACCUGAAGAGUACCAUUUCAUGCAGAUUAUAGGUGGCAACAGUAUGACAACCAAAAAUGUCUGUAUAUUAGAAGCUAUAUUCUAAUUGUAUUCUUUGUAAAGUUAUCGUACAUAAUAUUUACAAAUAAAUAUGAAAAUGAAGGCAUUUGAAGCUCUUGGCGAGAUUUCUCGUAAUCAUUAG